GUAGAAUUUUAUGUUUGUUUUUUUGAAAAAAUAGAGACAGUUAAAAUGGACCUAAGAACUACCAUAUCUAGCCAAAAUAAAAAGAAGUCGUAUGUGCUUACACAUUUGGCAACGCGCCUCAACAAUGACAAAAAUAAUAACGCGUGUAAACCACUUCUCUCAUAUCGCGUGGAUUACAUAAGCAGUUGCUUUCAUAGAGUCCUUAGAUUUUGAAAGUUCUUCCGAAUUCAGCUUCACAUUAGGAGUGUAUUAGAAAAGUCUAACCGACUUUCCGUUUGUCUUCACCCUCCAAUUUCACUAAAAUCACAACUUUGCCAUCCUCUUCACCUCCUAUAUAUUCUACCCCUCCAUAAUUGUCUAGGUUUGCCCAAAUUUAGUUUAAAAAAAAAAUCCUCUACAACAAUGGCGUCUUCUCCUCCUCGAAACAGAUUGCAUAAUUCGAAUCUCCACCGAUCCGUUUCUCCAUCGGGUCGGUUCUGUUCUUCAACAAUUUCAUCUACCUUCGCUACUCCAAAAUCCGAUUGGUUAACCCGACCCACUUCCCCGACCCGAGUCAAUCUCGGUCGUUCAAUUUCCCCGUCGCCGUCCGUCCGAUUUUCAAACUCUCCUAGCCGUUCAAUUUCCGUUUUCCCCCGUAAUCCACCGCAGAAUACCCGGCCGUUAGCGUCCAAUCAGAAGAAGCACUGUUCGUGUUCGCCGACGACACAUCCAGGUUCGUUCCGUUGUAGCCUUCACAGAAAUCGGAGUCGGGCGCAAUCACACACGUCGUCGUCUUCGUAUCGUUCGAGUCAGCAUUUGAAUAUGCGGAGAUCAGCGAUGACGAAUUCGCUAGUUCGGAUUGGGACAGUGGAAGGUGAACUGGUGAAGCGAGCACUUUCGGCUUUGAUUCGGCCUUCUUCUCAUCAACUUAAGCGGAGAGAUGAUUUUCAGCCAAGGCCAAGCAGGCUUUCCGUUAUGUCAAAGGCUGAAGAUUUCUGAUGUACAGUUACUUUAGUCGGGUUGUUUUGCGCCUUGUUUUUUUGUUAUGUGCAAAACCCUGGCUAAGUUAGAAAACAGAGCUAUAUUUUUGCACUGUUUGAUCCUAUUCGAAUAGGAAACAAAUCUAGUACACUACAUGUAAAUAAAAAUAUUGUACUACUAGUUAAUUUUGGAUUAGCAGAAUGAGUGGAGCAUUCUAUAUAUACUUGUGUAUAUACUGGUCACUUUUCCUCUA